AUGGCCGAAGUACAGUCGCCUCCACCUAUGCUGGCGCCGCCCGCUGAUGACCAGCCUCCUCUUACUGCCGACGAACCCUCCGCAUCCACUUCCCUCGUCCCCGCCUCCGCGUCCGACCAAGUCGUUAUCACUACAAAUGCUGAAGGCAAACGCGUCAAGAAGAUCAUCCGCCGCAAACGCCGUCCUGCGCGACCGCAGGUAGAUGCAGCUACCUUCAAGACCGAUGCCCCACCACCGACCGGCACCAUCUUCAAUAUCUGGUACAACAAAUGGAGCGGCGGCGACCGUGAGGACAAAUAUCUGUCCCAGACCGCCGCGCAGGGGCGCUGCAACGUCGCGAAAGACUCAGGGUACACCAAGGCAGACAAAACACCCGGCAGCUACUUCUGCCUGUUCUUUGCGCGCGGCAUAUGCCCUAAGGGCGUUGACUGCGAGUACCUGCACCGCCUACCUACCGUCACAGAUCUGUUCCCCAGUAACGUCGACUGCUUCGGGCGCGAUAAGUUUAGUGACUAUCGCGACGAUAUGGGUGGUGUGGGGUCCUUCCAGCGGCAGAACCGCACGUUGUACAUAGGCAGGAUUCACGUCACAGACGAUAUCGAGGAGAUCGUCGCCCGGCAUUUCCAGGAGUGGGGGCAGGUCGAGCGCGUGCGCGUGUUGACUGCGAGGGGCGUGGCUUUUGUAACAUACAUGAACGAGGCGAAUUCACAAUUUGCGAAGGAGGCCAUGGCGCAUCAGUCUCUUGACCAUUCUGAGAUCUUGAAUGUAAGGUGGGCGACUACGGAUCCGAAUCCCGCGGCGCAGAAGCGAGAAGCGAGGAGAAUCGAGGAACAAGCCGCUGAAGCGAUCCGCAAAGCGCUUCCAGCAGCUUACGUUGCCGAGCUUGAGGGCCGGGAUAACGGCGAAGCCAAGAAGAGGCGGAAGAUUGAAGGCACUUUUGGGCUACAGGGAUACGAGGCGCCGGAUGAUGUGUGGUUUGCAAAGGAGAAGGCAGAGUGGGAGCAAGCAAGAGAAAUCGGUGCUCCAGAUGAAAGACUUCUCAUCGAGGGCAACACCGGGCAAGACGAGCAGAGUGCCCCAGUGCCGCCGCAACAAGAGACACCCGCUCCACAGAAUACUGGUAUACUCUCUGGCUCGACGCUCGCAGCGCUGAAGGGUUAUACUGCGAAAUCGACAGCGAAGACACCCACACCCGUGGCUACAGGAGGAGUCCUGGUCGGUUACGGGAGCGACGACGACAGCGAUUGA